GCACGCGCGACAAUUCUACCGCGGGUCUCCUUAGCAACUUAGCGGCCCUAGCAACCGAGGCACCAUUCGGCCCUGCAGGAAGAGAAGCCGUGGUUGGCCGCUUGGCAGUCCGCUGGCCGAAGGGCAUCCUGACCGAAAGGUGCGGAGCGGAGGCUCAAAGCAGUUUAUGUACGCCGGGGACGUGAUGCGGAUGAAUCAUUUGGCAUGGUUGCCAAAAAUUAAUAAUCAAGAGAAGAUGACAAACAAAAGGAUACUGAUCACCAACUGAAGAUGAUGUUUUUGGAGCUUUUUGCCUUCAAGAGUUAUAUAAUACCUCCAAUUUUCAAGUCCAAUUAUGGGAUUAAUGGAAAGAGGAUGUCUUCCUUGAUUCUUUUAGCCAACUUAAUACUUAAGACAAAAUAUAUACCAGCUUUCAGCUGAAUACAAAAAGCAAUGUGUAUGUUAAUUGCCAAAUGGAAUAAAUAGGCAGCCUCUAGGAAUCAAUAUAUUGUAGGCAUUAUUCAAAUAACUACAAAUAAUAAUAUUUGGAGAAUUAUACAGAAAAGUUUGAAAAAGGGAUCUAAUAAAUUCAGGUUAUAGUCCGGAAAUACUAUAUGUAGAAGGGUAGUUCCAAAAUGCUAUUUAUCUAAAAAUAAAUAGUAAAUGUGGUAUGAAAAGAGAAUUGUAUAAGAAAAUAGCCUACAGCACUGCUAUCUUACUCUUUAUAUAAUCUCCAUAUCUCAUUUCUUGCUAGCUAAAUUAGAAAAUGUAAUUAAUGGAGGGAUUUAAGAAAUAGGGUAACAUUUUAUUAAAUUUGCUAGAGCUGUUUCUGGGAAGACAGCCUAAUUAAAAUUAAUAGAAUUGCUGGUUCUAUUUCCUAAGGUUCUCAAAUUAUGACUGUUAAGCAUUAAGAUGAAUAAUACAUUUUUCAGCUAGUUGGAUGUCAUUAAAAGAACCAAAUCUAGCAACAACAAUAUGCACCCUAGCACUUAGAAAGUCUAGCUGGCUGAUAUAGUCUCACAUAUGUAACAAUUAAUUAAUUUAAAAUGUUGGCUUGAAGUGGGCUUGAAGCUAAAAUUGUCAUACUGAAUUUAUGAUUAUUUGCUCAUUUUGUUCAGAAUAUACUAUUUCUCACCAUUUGGUUACCUAUUCACAAUAUCAGUACAGCAUCAGGAGAAAUCUGUCUUGUGCAAAGGGACUUUAUUUACUCGUUAUUUCUUUUCUAUUAUUAUCAAAUGAUUCAAUUGCCCCUCCAAACCGCUCCUUCAUUAACUGUCUGAAGGCAGACAUAAGGGACUGUGAAAGUUGCAAGAUAGAAAGGAAUUAAAUUCCCCUUUCCAAUUCCUUUAAUGGAAGAAGUGGAAGUUAAACUCUAACUACAUAUUGUUAUGUAUUGUGUGAUAUUAAUUGUAUCAAUAAUAAUAGAGUCUUAAAUUGGCACUUUUUUCAGAGAUACCUCAAGUCAUACUGAUAUAUUUAUUUUGGUUUGGAAUGGAUUUCUUUAUGAUAGAUUCUAUGCAUAGUCUUUUUUUUUUAAUCAGCUGAUUGUUUGUCCAUAAAUGUUGAUUUGCAACCUCAGGUUUCAACAACAGAAUCUUAUGAACUCAACAAGAUAAAGUUACUAUAUAUUCAACUUUGCUUUGUUUUAAAUUCAUUUAUUUGAUACAUUCAUUAUAUUUCUUAAAUUAUUUGAAUGUGAUUGAAGAAAGAGAGUUGGCAUGGUCCUAUUAAUAUGUGUUAUCGACUGAUUUGCAUUAUCUGAUCUUCAACUUCUAGUGUGUAAAAGAAAAACAUACCCAUAUGUACAGUACGUUUCAUGAACUGAGAAAAAGAUGCUAUUCAAAAGUUAUACAUGCAGAUUGCAUUCCUGCCUUGAUCUCUCAGUUACUUCUAAAAUCUGUACACAAAUAGUGGUCCACAGUUCCCAUUCUGUCUAAAGUGGGACUACAGGCAAUCCUUGACUUACAACCAUAAAUGGAACCAGAAUUUCCAUUGCUAAUCAAGGUGGCUAUUAAGUGAAUCGCACCUGAUUUUACAAACUUUUUUUUUGUUUAUCCUGCUUCUCCCACUGACUUUGCCUGUUGAAAGCCAACUGGUAACAUCACCAAUGGCAAUUAUGUGAUCCUGGGACACUGCAACCAUCUUAAAUUCAUGCCAGUUGUCAAUCACCUGAAUUAUGUUUAUGUGACUGUGGAGAUGCCAUGACUGUUUUAAGUGCAAGGACCUGUCAUAAAUCACUUUUUUCAGUGUUGUCACUUUGAACAGUCACUAAAUGAAUAGUUGAAAGUCAAGGACUCCCUGUAUCCUUUCUUUCUUCAUAGCUCUGUUGUUGUACUCUGUAUAUUUUCUAUAAUGGAGUUUAAACAUAAAUGUCUUGAUAAUGGAUGAUAUUACUCAUUUUCUUAAAGGGUCAUUGCACAUAGUUGCUUUUGGCUGGAAUGGGUUAUAUAUUAAAUAUGUUGAAUAACUUUAUUCUCUUUUUUAAACAGUGACAGAACUCUGGUUACAAGAAAAAAUGGAAAUCCCAUUGUAUGAAUGUGGGCUUGUUUUAGGUAUUAAAGUUCUUAGUAACGUUGAAGAUAUGCAGUAGAUAUACCACACUGAGAAAAACCAUACCAGACAUGACUUCUAUAAAGGAGCAAGCAGCAAUCAGUAGAUUAAUAACUUUCCUACAAGAAUGGGAUAGUGCUGGCAAAGUUACUCGAAAACGUAUUCUUGAAAAUUUCAUACUUGCUAACCAAGGCAAGACUGGUCCAGAACUUGAGAUAGAAUUCUCUCAGGGAGCCAGUUUAUUUCUGGCUCGUAUAACUGCCUGGCUCCGGCUGACCUAUAUGUACGGAACAUGCCUGGAACAACAGUUAAAAUCAGUUGGCAUCUUUCUUUCAGCUGCAAGCGGCCAGCGGUACCUUCUUGAAUUUCUGGAAAUUGGUGGUAUCCUCACCUUAUUGGAAAUACUUGGGCUGAAACAACUGAAAGAGGAAGACAAAAUGGAGUCUGUAAAACUUCUUCAGUUAGUGGCAAAAUCUGGCAGGAAAUUCAAAGAGCUUAUCUGUGAAAGCUAUGGUGUGCGAUCAAUUGCUGAAUUUUUGGCCACUUCCAAGUCAGAAGCGACACAAGAGCAAGUGCAGAUUCUUCUGGAUACUUUAGGACAUGGCAACCCGAAAUACCAAAAUCAGGUGUACAAAGGGCUGAUUGCUCUUUUAAAGUGCACUUCUCCCAAAGCCCAACAGCUGUCCCUACAAACACUCAGGAUAAUACAGUCAAUUGUGGGAAAAGCGCAUCUGAGCAUUGUUGAUUCUGUGCUAAGUGUGCUUCGCUCUCUGAAUUUUGAGGUACAAUAUGAAGCUAUUCAACUGAUUAAGGACCUUAUGGCUUAUGAUGUGCGACCAGCUCUGCUAAAAGGCUUGGUUACAUUACUAAAGCCAUCAAGGCAGGAGACAGCCAAGAUGCAAGCAAGAAUCCUGGAAGAAGCAGGCUCUUUGCGCCUAAUGGAAUCCUUGCCAGCAUAUGUACAGCAAGCUGCAGCAGCCAAAACCAUUGGAAUUCUGGCCCAGGAGUCUAGGGAAGUGGCUGAGGAGCUGAUCUUCUUGAAUGUGGUACAUGGCCUUAUGUGUGCUAUGGGCAACAAAGACCACACCAACGGUCAGAGACAAGCUAGCAUCACAUUAGAGUAUUUUGUACAGAUAUUUAUAGAGAUUGAGAACUACGUGCGGAGAGCCAUGGGAGAAAAUUUGUUUGAGCUAUUCAUGCAAGAUGCUGCAAAUUUGUACUUGAAUAUGGAUGCUGUACAGGCUGAUAUACUGGCUACCAAUAUAGUCAAUAUUCCAGCAGAUUGUUUGGCUAAAGGAAAAACGCUUUUAACAGAGACAGAAUUGAGCCCUGAAGAGGAAUGGCAGUCUGAAGACAGUGAAGUACUUUCUGAGCCACUUACUUAAUUUCUUUCAAGUAUUAGCUUUAUUGUUGAUUUUAAUCUUUUCUCCAUUUUUCUGGAACCCUUUGCACAAAGUACCUUUUUCAAAAAUUUUUCAUGCAUCCCUCUGAAGAAAGGAUGGAGAACUAUGUAACUGCAGUGCAAACUAUGUGGCAUUUGAGAGAUUGGGACAAGUGAUUCCUAUUUUCACUGACUAGAUAAUUACUUGACUAGUUUUCUCAUCUGUUGAAGUACAGAUCGUACUAAACUAUAGUUCCCAUAAUCUCGCAACAGUGGUUCAAUACCACUGGAAGGCUCAGGAAAAUGUAAGGAACAAAAAUGGCUCUUACCAUUGGAUAAUUUUUGGUCAAUUUCAUAGUCCAACCCUGAUUCGUAUCAUUCUGAAUUAUAUAUUAAUGUGAAACAGUUCUUUGUACAACUAACCUAGACUCUAAAAGAGGAAAAGGAAAAUGUGUUAAAUAAAAUUGCAUUAAAUUGUUGCAUUUAAUCUAUACUUCAAAGUUAUACUUACCUUUAAACUAAUUUAUUUGCUUACUUACAUAAAUACAUACUUUCUGCUACAUUCUUUUAUAGCCUGUAUGACCAAGAACAUAAUAUUUCCAAUUAUACAUACAUGUGUUUGCUAAAAAACCAACCUUAAAGCACAGCAGGUAGAGUUAUCUGUUGAUUAAAUGUUUUGAAUUACAAUUUUCAUUAUUCCAGCUAAAAUGUUACAAUGCAACAAUUGGAAUAGAGCUGUCUACACUGAAAGUAGUUUUUCCUCAAAUAAAUUCGUAAAGAUCAUUUAUUUGGUGUGAAAAUAAUUGAAAACAUGACUCAUCUUUUCUAAUAGCAUUCAUUAUUAAAUAUAUAAUUAUUUAUUUAUUAUUCAGUAGCAAACAAGGUUUUUAGAAAAUAAAAAUGUUGUUUAAUAAAGUUUUUUAUCUUAAGACCUUUGAUUUUAGGUGUAACCACACAUACUCAGGGCUAUCUAUUUCCAGAAAUGUAUAUUUAGAGCAAAGGUUGAUAUUCAUGCUAAGUGAUCUAUCCCUUACAAUGUUCAGAGCAUGUAUCUUAACUUUAUCUCAGUUGUUUCCAAUCCCCAAGACUGUAAAAUUGCAUUUUUAUUAUCUUGUAAAUCUUUCAGUUCUGAACUUAAUUAUGGCUGUUGACUGCUUUUUAUUUUUUUUUUA